CGGCCGCUGCCCUUGCUUCCUGAUCGGUACGGCCCGGACCACCUCCACACCCUCCAUUGGGGAUCCGUAGGCAGUUCGACUCAGGCAAUCAAGCGGGCACGCUUAUCGGUCCUUGCAUUGCAAGAUGCUUUGGAGGCUCUCUGCACGGAUGCUGAGCAUAGGUUCCUUCACAUUAUCUGCUCUCACUGUCGCUUCCAGCAACACUUCUCCUGUGGUCCCUCUCCACAUGCAUCAGGAACAUCUGCCGCCUUCAUCGCCGAUAUUACGAAGCCGUGGUCAUGAUUUGCCAGUGGACGGUGCCGUCUUCCCAACCGCUAUGUACUACGCUAUGGUGCAGGUCGGAACUCCGCCGCGAGACUACGCUGUUGGCCUGGAUUCAGGGAGCGGGGAUCUGUUCGUAGAGGGCAAGGGCUGCAAGGGCUGCACUUUAGGGCCGCCCAACAGUCAGUAUGACCCCUCUGCUUCAGCUUCGUCAAAAUCAGCUGGUGGUAGCUUUCACCACUCCUACCAGACUUGUAGCAUGGUCAACCCAUCUGCGACUUGCACCAUCUAUGGGAACAUGUACACAGAUGAGGUGAGCCUCGGUGGCUUGGGUCCCGUGGUAGUCAAGGUCGGUGCCAUUCAAAGUCAAACCUCGAAUUUCGACACAAAGAAAGUUGUCGGUGGUUUGAUGGGCUUGGGAGGCUUUGACGGUGAGGAUGUUCUGGCCACUCUUGCCAAUGCUGGCAAGUGCGAUCGGAUCUGGGGCGUGUGCAUGUAUGAAGGUCGGGAGAGCAAUGGAACCAUGACAGUUGGAGGCGUCGAUGAGAGCUUGUCGGACGGCCCUAUCCAGUACGUGCCAGACCAAGGCUUCGUUUACAAUACAGUAGAAGUGAAGUCACUGACAUUGGGUAACCACGAGGUGCACGUGGGAGACGGCGCAGUCCUCGACAGCGGUACGAACAUUCUUUUGCUCGGAUCGUCGGUGUACAGUCAGUUGCAGCAGGCAAUGUGCUCCAAUUCUUCACUGGCACACUGUGCAGGUUUGUGGUCCAACGACUGUUUUGAGAUGUCCAAUUCGGAGGUGGAGCAGUUUCCGCCGCUACGUCUCCAAUUGGACGGAGUCGAGCUGGAGAUGAGCAGCCGUGAAUAUUUGCUGCAGGGCUCUCCGCUUGCUGCCUCGGCGGGACAGUAUUGCCUCGGUAUCCGUAACGGUGGUCGGGCGGGCUUCAUCAUCGGUGCCACAACCAUGAAAAACUAUUAUGUCGUAUUCGACAAGAAGCAGCAGCGGAUAGGAUGGGGUAAAGUCAACAAGGGCACAUGUGGUUCCAUGAAGUCCCGUGGGUCGGCCACAUCUGUUGUCAUAUGAGUGCGGCCAAUGGUGCACCUGGUUAUUGUUGCGUCGCUGGGGUCGGCCUGCAUGGGUGCAGCCUACGCAGCCACAUUUCGCCAGGAAGACUUGCAGCGGCAUUCGUCGUUUGAAGCAUGUUUUUUUCUGCUGUUUAGCGUUCAACAGAUCGUGCGCAGCAGUCCCUUUCAAGCGCGUGCCGUCGCACGUCGACUCAGCUGUAGUUGUGACCCUCUGUUCAGAGCGCCUUGCCUACGACGACAGGGGGAGCACCUCGUUCCUGCAAGCCAAGCAGCAGCGCAGUUUUGGGGGAGGCCCGAGAACGAAAGGAGGAGGUGCGGCAAAACGUGCCUGCACCACGCACUGCGCUGGAGAGACGGGCGCAGGCGAAAGGGAUGGAUAUAGCCCAGGGGCGGGCACGACACGUAUUUGCCCGG